UUGUGAUGGUGGUGGAGGCAAUAAUAGUGUAGAAAGAAAGAAAGAAAGAAAGGUUUUAUGUGUGGGACUAUUCCAAUUUGCAACCAUAGCCUCUCUUUUUUGGAAGAAAAGCAAACCCACACAAAUUCGAAAAGAAUCUCAAUAGAUACAAGUACACUUUCAGCAUACCAUUCAUUCUCACACUGUAUCCCCACAUUCAUUUUCUCUAACUAUACACACACACACACAAACAUCUAAAGAGAGCAUUUAGUGGUUGUGUGUGUCUGCUAGAUCGAUCUGAAAAAUGGAGGAGAAGCAGAUUGCAUCGAAGCAAGGAGGCGAAUCGAAAUUAGGGCACGAGAAGCGAAGAGAUCGUCCAUCGAUCGCUGAGGCUGAGGCUGCGGAGAGCGGGCGGGAGAGGCUGAAGAGGCACCGGAGGGAGGUGGCUGGGCGGGUGUGGAUACCGGACAUGUGGGGGCAGGAGGACUUACUCAAGGACUGGAUCGAUUCCACGGUGUUCGACGCCGCCGUCAGGAGUGGAGGGAUUACGUCGGCGAGGGCGGCGCUGAUGGAUGAAGGGAGGAGAGCCGCCGCUAGGAUACAGAACAGUUGUUGAUUUUUUUGAGUGCUUUAUAUUUCCAUUAUUUGCCGCCACUCAAAUUUUUCCAUGUUAAUAUAUGUAAUGUACUCAUAUUCCAUUCCACACAUUUUUAUGACAAUUCAUCAAUAAACAUUUUCUAAUUAGCCCCA